GGCGGUAGACUCGAGCCCAUCCUGGUUAGGGCGGACACGGGCGUCUGGGAAGCGUCUCUUGCGAAGCCAAGGUUGACCUUGGCCUGCUGCGCUCCCAGCUAGCUGGGGGAUGCUCACUUUGCGCCCUGACCUCAGGCUGCUCCUCUCACCAGGCUGAGGACUGACCCACGACCCGGCUCUUCCGCCUCCUAGAGCUGUAGACCUUCACCCAGCCAGUACCCCCGUGCUAGCCCAGAGGCCUUCGCCAUGGUGAAGUUGUUGCCAGCCCAGGAGGCCGCCAAGAUCUACCACACCAACUAUGUGCGAAACUCGCGCGCCGUGGGAGUGAUGUGGGGCACGCUCACCAUCUGUUUCUCGGUGCUGGUCAUGGCCCUCUUUAUCCAGCCCUACUGGAUAGGCGACAGUGUGAGCACGCCACAGGCUGGCUACUUUGGCCUGUUCUCGUACUGUGUGGGCAACGUGCUGUCGUCGGAACUCAUCUGCAAGGGGGGCCCUCUGGACUUCUCCUCUAUCCCCUCCAGAGCCUUCAAGACUGCCAUGUUCUUCGUGGCCUUGGCCAUGUUCCUCAUCAUCGGCUCCAUCAUCUGCUUCAGCCUGUUCUUCGUCUGUAACACAGCCACGGUCUACAAGAUUUGCGCCUGGAUGCAGCUGGCUGCGGCCACAGGCCUGAUGAUCGGAUGUCUGGUCUACCCAGAUGGUUGGGACUCCAGUGAGGUGCGGCGUAUGUGUGGUGAGCAGACGGGCAAGUACACGCUGGGCCACUGCACCAUCCGCUGGGCCUUCAUGCUGGCCAUCCUCAGUAUUGGCGAUGCGCUCAUCCUCUCCUUCCUGGCUUUCGUGUUGGGCUAUCGGCAGGACAAGCUCCUCCCCGACGACUACAAGGCAGAUGGGAAUGAGGAAGUCUGAAGCAACCAAGAUGCUGGCGACUCUUCUGGCCGUUUACAGCCAGGCCCUCAGCGCAGCACCCUCCCUUACGGUGUGUGUGUGCCACUCAUGGUGGACUCCUAGGUCAGAAGUUGCCAGAAACCACUCUACUCUCAAGUUCUCCACAAUGAUGAUACCUUGGUGACCCAAAGAAGCUCCUGGGUGUGCGGCACACCUGC